GGCGUCGAUGGCGUCGAUGGCGUCGAUGGCGUCCCAGGCCGCUCGGUCUCUUAGAUAUAAAAGACUGCCAACCCAGCCAUCCUAUCCUCCAUAUUCCCUUCUCUCUCAUCAUCCAACGAUCGCAUUCGCAUCUUUUCCUUUUGUCUCUUGCAUUUCUUGCAUCUCAUUUUUGUUAUUUCCUUGAGCCUAUUUUUUGGUUUGUCAUUUUUCCAACCUUUCAUCUUUUCGAACAACCCAACCGCCACCAUGCACUUCACCAAGACCCUCGUCACCUCCAUGGCCGUCGCCGUGCCCAUGGUCGCCGGCGCGCCCGUCCCCGGCGAGCCUGCCAGCGCCAUCGAGGCCCGCUUCGUCGGCGACAACAACAACGUCCCCUCCCUGUACGCCCGGGACACGAACGUCGAGGCCAACGUCGAGGCCCGCGGCCUGGUCGGUGAUCUGAAGAGCACCGGCAAAGAUCUGGGCAGGAUCGCCCUCAAGGGCGGCAAAAAGCUGGCUGCCAAGAUCCCCCGUGAUCUCGAUGAGGAGGCCGACGAGUCCGCCGACCUCGAGGCCCGUGGUCUGCUCAAUGAUUUGAAGAGCACCGGCAAGGAUCUGGGCAGGAUCGCCCUCAAAGGCGGUAGGAAGCUGGCUGCCAAGAUCCCCCGUGAUCUCGACGAGGAGGCCGACGAGUCCGCCGACCUCGAGGUCCGUGGUCUGGUCGGUGAUUUGAAGAGCACCGGCAAAGAUCUGGGCAGGAUCGCCCUCAAAGGCGGUAGGAAGCUGGCUGCCAAGAUCCCCCGCGACCUGGACGAGGCUGCCGAGGAGUACGCUGAGGAGGAGGCCCAGCUCGAGUAAACGCGUCAGCUUGACAAGUUUUUCACAGAACAUCGAUUUCUCGGUCCUGCUUUGGACCUUUGUCUUGGUGUUGGUGGCACAUGGUUGAUUUUUGUUCUUUCUGAUGCCUGCUCGUUGCAUAGCUAUGGUCUAGACCGGAGUAUCGUUUAUUCUGGUAUGUGAUCCCUCAUUAGGAGGUUCAUGUAAAUGUCAAUCACCAAUGCUUUGUUUCGAACUGUUCUCCCUCCCAUCUGCGACGCCCACUCUCCGGGUGUAUUCCCAUGAAC